AUGGGUGUGAAGCUUAGGAGGUUGAGGGUAACUAGAGGAACUAGUGAAGCCUCAGCUUGCUUAAGUCAAGGGCUGGCAAUCCCAGACGGAUUCAAACUACGGAGUACGGAGUACUCCGUUAUUAGGGGGGGGGGGGGAGAGACUUCCCACCCAUCAUCAUCAUCAUCAAGAACAGAGCGGAGAUGUGCAGUCUCGGCAUGCUCCAGCGAGCCCGCGCUAGUGAGUAUUAUUUUAACUUGCCGAGUUCAGAAAGUCAAGACUCCACUACCGUGCAGGUGUGAUGUUCAUGCAAAAUACGCGAUCUGGAUAGAUCGACCGAGAUAUCGGGUUGAAGAGGGGAAACAAGCAAAGAAGCAAAACAAAUGCCAUUGGCGGCGUUCAGCUUGGCUAACUCAUGUUUGGCCAGUGGUUGUCCGUGCAGCAAUUUGCCAGCUAAAACGAGAGUUGUCCGUAGCAGCUUGA